GCAGUGAAAGCAUCGCCGCUGUUGGUGUCCGAGGCUGCAGGGUGAGAGGCCGAGGUCUGGCCGGGCUUCAGGACACUGAACCCGCUGCAGCUUCAAAUCGUAGGAGCGGGGACGAAGGGCUCGCUUCCGGCGUCAUGGCUCAAAGGGCCUUCCCGAAUCCUUAUGCCGAUUUUAACAAAUCCCUGGCCGAAGGCUACUUUGAUUCUGCCGGGAGGCUGACUCCUGAGUUCUCACAACGCUUGAACAAUAAGAUUCGAGAGCUGCUUCAGCAAAUGGAGAGGGGCCUAAAGUCGGCAGACCCCCGGGAUAGCACUGUUUACACUGGCUGGGCAGGUAUCGCUCUGCUUUACUUACAUCUCUAUGAUGUGUUCGGGGACCCCGCUUACCUCCAGAUGGCACAUGGCUACGUAAAGCAAAGUCUGAACAGUCUGACCAAGCGCUCCAUCACCUUCCUGUGCGGGGACGCAGGCCCCCUGGCCGUGGGCGCCGUGGUGUACCACAAGAUGAACAAUGAGAAGCAGGCAGAAGACUGCAUCACCCGGCUAAUUCACCUGAACAAGAUUGACCUCCGUGCUCCAAAUGAAAUGCUCUAUGGACGAAUGGGCUAUAUCUAUGCCCUUCUCUUUGUGAAUAAGAACUUCGGAGUGGAAAAGAUUGCUCAAAGCCAUAUUCAGCAGAUUUGUGAAACAGUCUUAACCUCUGGAGAGACCCUUGCCAGAAAGAGAAACUUCACAGCAAAGACUCCACUGAUGUAUGAAUGGUACCAAGAAUAUUAUGUGGGGGCUGCUCAUGGCCUGGCAGGAAUUUAUUACCACCUGAUGCAGGUAAGAGAUGAAGAUGGUGGAACUGAGAAACGCGCUUGCUCACUGCCCGGGCCAGGGCAAGAAGACCGAGGCUCCCCCUCUGGCUUUUCAUUCUGUCAACCAACUGCCUCACUCUCCUUGCCAUUUCCUGGCCUCGACAAACAAGGGCAAUGUUUGCCAGAGUGCAUUUUACAGUGUAUAAACAUAAAAGGCGCUGUGCCGUGGGAUGCUGUCUGAUUUGUAGGUGACCCGUACUUGCCUGCUUCGUGCCGCUUUGCAGACGGAAGUGUUUUGACCUGUACUUCUACAUGAAGUGCCUUCUGC